AUGUUAAACAGCAUUUCUAGAGAUGGUGUUGGUAAAAAUAUAGUUCAAUGUCCUGAUAAGGAAAUUUCAGUAAGAAUGACUCAGUGUAUAAUUAAAGCAAAAAAAUCUAAUGAUUCUGUUGGUGGAACUGUAACAUGUGUUAUUCGUAAUGUACCAUCAGGAUUGGGUGAACCAUGUUUUGAUAAGUUAGAAGCUAAAUUAGCACAUGCAAUGUUUUCAAUCCCUCUACCAAAGGAUUUGAGAUUGGAAGUGGCUUCCAAGGGAGAAUCAAUCACAAACGAAUUCUUGUUGCAAGAGGCCAUCAUGAUCCUUGUGUUGUACCACGUGCUGUCCCAAUUGUUGAGGCAGUGGCUUGCUUUAGUUGUUAUGGAUGCACUAAUGAUUCAACAAUCACGUAAAACUGCUGCAUCAUUACUUCCACAAAUACUUAAUAUACCUGUUACAAUGUUAGGUGUUGUUCCAAUAAAAUCAUAUAAUGAAACAACAGAAAAUAAAGACUCAUAG